CAGACACCAGCGACCGAUCCUAUCAUGUCCAACGUCCUACGACCCUACCUCGCCGCCGUCCGGUCAACCCUCACCGCCGCGCUUACCCUCGAGGACUUCUCAUCUCAAGUCGUAGAACGUCACAACAAGCCAGAGGUCGAGGUCGCUGUCUCGAAAGAAGUCCUCCUGAAUCCCCUCACCAUCUCACGAAAUGAGAACGAACGUGUCCUCAUAGAACCCUCUGUCAACUCUGUCCGGAUAAGCAUCAAGAUCAAACAGGCGGACGAAAUCGAACGGAUCCUGUGCCACAAGUUCACCCGUUUCAUGAUGCAGCGAGCGGAGAGCUUCAUCGUCCUCAGGAGGAAACCGGUCAAGGGUUACGACAUCUCGUUCUUGAUCACAAACAACCACACGGAUACCAUGCUCAAGCACAAGAUCGUCGAUUUUAUCAUCCAGUUCAUGGAGGAGGUCGAUAAGGAAAUCAGCGAGAUGAAGUUGAGCCUCAACGCUCGCGCGCGUGUCGUCGCCGAGUCGUACCUAUCAGCGUUCAACGUAUAGGACCAGAAGACAUUCAUGGAAUCGCUAUUGAGCGGAACGAGUCGUCUGCAUGGCCCAGGCGAUCGACCCGGUAGUGGUGCGCAGCAGCAACAACGGCAUAAGACGUCUACAGGGAUCGUGUACAGUACGUUGUAGGGAAGGACAAUCUAUGUAACAUCAUAGGCUCUGGGUGGCUGACUCUCCC